GCGCAGGCGCACGGAAUCGCCGGCUCGGUCUCGCGUUUCCGCCUCUCCCGGAAGCUGCGCUCGCUACCCGGGUAACGGGUCCCGGCUGUGGAAGCUUCCGCGGCGCCGCGAUGGACCUCGAGGAGGCGGAAGAGUUUAAAGAACGCUGCAGUCAGUGUGCUGCUGUCUCAUGGGGCCUUACUGAUGAAGGCAAAUAUUAUUGCACUUCUUGCCACAAUGUUACAGAGAGAUCUCAGGAAGUUAUAAACACUGAUCUUAUUCCUAAUACCCAAAUAAAAGCCCUCAACCGGGGGCUUAAAAAAAAAACAACUCUGAAAAAGGCUGGGAUUGGUAUGUGUGUGAAGGUUUCCAGAACAUUCUUUGUCAACAAGCAGAAGCCUUAAAGAACCUUGGAAUAGGUCCAGAGUUAAAGAAUGACGUUUUACAUAAUUUUUGGAAGCGCUACCUUCAGAAAAGCAAGCAGGCGUAUUGUAAGAACCCAGUUUAUACCACUGGAAGGAAACCUACAGUAUUAGAAGAUAAUCUAAGUCAUUCAGACUGGGCUAGUGAGCCUGAGCUGCUAAGUGAUGUCAGCUGUCCUCCUUUUCUUGAAAGUGGAGCAGAGUCUCAGUCUGACAUCCACACUCGAAAACCUUUCCCCAUCAGCAAAGCAUCACAAUCAGAAACAUCUGUCUGCUCUGGAUCUCUGGAUGGAGUUGAAUACUCACAACGAAAGGAGAAAGGAGUUGUGAAGAUGACCGUGCCACAGACACUUGCCUUCUGUUAUUUGUCCUUACUUUGGCAGAGAGAAGCAAUAACACUUUCAGAUCUUUUGAGAUUUGUUGAAGAAGACCAUAUUCCUUACAUAAAUGCUUUUCAGCAUUUUCCAGAACAGAUGAAAUUGUAUGGGCGUGACAGAGGAAUCUUUGGUAUAGAGUCUUGGCCUGACUAUGAGGAUAUCUAUAAAAAAACAAUUGAAGUUGGCACAUUUUUAGAUUUGCCUCGUUUUCCAGACAUAACUGAAGACUGCUAUCUUCAUCCCAACAUACUGUGUAUGAAAUACUUGAUGGAAGUCAACCUCCCUGAUGAAAUGCAUAACUUAACUUGCCACGUGGUGAAAAUGACUGGAAUGGGAGAAGUGGAUUUUCUGACAUUUGAUCCUAUAGCUAAAAUGGCAAAAACUGUUAAGUACGAUGUACAAGCUGUAGCUAUCAUUGUGGUGGUAUUGAAACUGCUCUUUCUAUUGGAUGAUAAUUUAGAGUGGUCCUUGUCUAAUCUUGCUGAAAAACAUAAUGAAAAGAACAAAAAAGAUAAACCAUGGUUUGAUUUCAGAAAGUGGUACCAAAUUAUGAAGAAAGCUUUUGAUGAGAAAAAACAAAAGUGGGAAGAAGCAAGGGCCAAGUACCUGUGGAAAAGUGAAAAGCCACUCUACUACUCGUUUGUCGACAAACCAGUAGCAUAUAAGAAAAGAGAAAUGGUGGUGAAUCUACAGAAACAAUUUAGCACACUGGUUGAUUCAACAGCAACUGCUGGAAAAAAAAGUCCUUCAAGUUUUCAGUUCAACUGGACUGAAGAAGACACUGAUAGAACAUGUUUCCAUGGACACAGCCUUCAGGGAGUCCUGAAGGAGAAAGGCCAAUCACUGCUAACUAAGAAUUCAUUAUAUUGGCUUAGUACACAGAAAUUCUGCAGAUGCUAUUGUACACACGUGACAACCUAUGAAGAAUCAAAUUAUUCUCUGAGUUAUCAGUUUAUACUAAAUCUCUUCUCCUUCCUGCUCAGAAUAAAGACUUCCCUUCUCCAUGAAGAAGUGAGCUUAGUUGAGAAGAAACUUUUCGAGAAAAAAUAUAGUGUAACAAAAAAGAAAUCAAGAUCCAAGAAAGCGAGACGACAUUGAGAAAAUGAAAUAGAAACUUUCUGGAAAAAUAUUUUAAUAUUGAUAGUAACAUCAGAUUUUAAUAUAACAUUCCAGAGAAUUUGGAAAAUACUGCAUAUAUAUGUAUAUGCUCUGACACAUAUUUACAUAUAUGUCAAGUGUGCUUAGAAAAUUGUAUAUUAUAAAGCAGGUGAGCUUUGUUUGAUUUUAUUUUUCAGAGUAUGAAUAUUCUAAGAGAAAGUUAAAACAACAGUAAAUUAUAUAAUUGUAUAUAUUUAUUUAAUUUUUUUUUUUGGGACAGAGUCUUGCUCUUCACCCAGGCUGGAGUGCAGUGACACGAUCUUGGCUCACUG